AUGGGGGAAUCGAAUGAAAGAAGACUACUGUUAUUUCACUUUGAUAAAAUAUGCAGGUUUUGCCUUUGUCAGAACGUUGAUAUAGUUCACAUUUUCGAAAAUAAUGUCGACGAUGAUUCGCUCAUAAUAAGUAAAAUAAAAGAAUGCAUUACUUUAGAAGUUUCUCAAAAUGAUGGCUUGCCACAAAAUGUAUGUAACGAAUGUUUUAAAAAAAUUAACGAUUAUUACGAAUUUAAAAAUACCUGUAAGGAAUCUGAUGUUAUUUUAAGACAACAGUUAUCUCAUAAUUCACAAUUGCAAAUUAGCAAAAAUGAUAAGAUAAGUAAUUAUAAGACUGAUGAUGAAAAUAAUUCAACUGUGACUUACGUGGAAAAUGUCAAAUCGGAAAAUGAAAAUUCUGCUGCAUUAUGUAAAUUAGAUUCAUCGUCGGAUGAAAUAUUUUCUGAAUCAGAUGAUAAACCAUUAAUAGAAAUAACUUUGAAAUUAAAAAAGAAAAAAGAAAGGAAGAAUUCGAAUAGUAGAUUUAAAAAAGAUGUUCUUUCCAAACCGAAUGCUAGAGGUAGAGCACCCAAAGCGAAACCAUUAUGUUUAGUAUGUCAUCAAAAAUUUAGUCGUUUUGUAGAAUUGAUAGAACAUCAAACUAAAAUGCAUAAUUUAAAUGAUGUCAAUUUGAAAAGCGACAAUGACAAGGAUGGAAUGGAAGAAUUAAAAGGUAACAUAGAUGCAUUUGCCGUUUUUAAAUGUCAUUUAUGUAAAGAAGAAUAUUCGAAUAGGGAAGAACUUAGAAAUCAUUGUAAGAUGGUUCACAAUACCAAAGUGAUACAACCUUAUCCCUGCAGUCACUGCGAUCGUCAAUUUCCCGCAUGGGGCCUUUUAGUCGUACACGAAAGAAAGCACACGGGCGAGAGACCAUAUUCGUGCGACGUGUGCGGUAAAGAAAAUUUCAUAUCUCAAACGAGUUUACGCAGGCACAAAUUAAUGCAUUUGAAAGUGUAUAAUUGUAAGGAAUGCGGACGGGAUUUCAAUUGCGAUUCGGCAUUGAAAGCUCACAUACGUUGCAAGCACACGGAUGAAAAACCGUAUCUUUGCAACGUAUGCGGACGGAGUUUUAGCUUAUCGGCAAUUUUAAUGGCUCACAUGACGUCACAUUCGUCGGAGAGAAAAUACGUUUGCAACGUAUGCGGUUUCGCAUCGAAAACAAGCGGAAAUCAUUACAGGCAUAAAAACAUACAUAAAACGGGGGGAGUCAAAUGUUUUCAUUGCGAAACGUGUGGUAAAUCCUUCGAUAGUAAAUUGAAAUUGUCUUCUCAUCAAAUAAUUCACAGGCCGGUGAGACCGCACGUGUGUAAAGUUUGCAACAAGGGUUUCUUGUAUAAGAACAAAUUGGAAAGACACGUUUUAUCCGUGCACGCGAGAGAAAGACGGUUUCCGUGCGAUUUUUGCGGUAGGAAAUUAGCAUCCAAAUUCGGUUUGGGUAUACAUUUGAAAACCCACGAGAAAAAUCAUUUGAAAACGGAAAUAAAAGAAGAAGAAAAAGAAGGAGAAAAAGGUGAUGGGAGUUGA